AUGAGUGGGAACCUUCUGGUCAUCACCUCCAUAGCACACUUUAAGCAGCUGCACACAUCCACAAACUAUCUCAUACUGUCACUGGCAGUGUGCGAUUUCCUUCUGGGAGUGUUUGUGAUGCCCUGCAGUGCAGUGCGCACUGUCCUGGGCUGUUGGUACCUGGGCGACUUCAUGUGCAAAAUCCACUCCAGCACUGAUAUCAUGGUGUGCACCUCGUCCAUCUUCCACCUGUCAUUCAUCUCCAUUGACCGUUACUUUGCUGUGUGUAACCCACUGAUGUACAGGUCCAUCAUCAACUCUGUCACCAUCACCAUAAUGCUCACCACCAGUUGGCUGGUACCCGCCAUCUUUGCUUAUGGGAUGAUCUUCUCUGAAAUCAACAUGAGAGGCGCUGAGGAUUUCUUUGAAGCGCAUGUGAAGUGUCUCGGAGGCUGCCCUGUGUUCUUUAGUCAGGUGUCGGCGGCAGUCUCCACCACACUUUCAUUUUUCCUUCCCAGUAUCAUCAUACUUUGCAUUUACCUUAAAAUCUACACAGUGGCCAGAAGACAGGCUAGGGCGAUUAAACAAAUGACAAAACAGUUUGACUCGGAUGCAGCAAAUGAGUCCAGGGUAUCCAGACAAGAAAGAAAAGGAGCAAAAACCCUGGCAAUAGUAGUUGGGGUCUACCUCUUUUGCUGGACCCCAUUUUUUGUGUGCUACAUAAUUGACCCCUUUCUAAAUUAUUCUACUCCUCCAGUGUUGUUUGACGCCCUGUUUUGGUUUGGUUACCUGAAUUCUGCUUUCAACCCUGUAGUUUAUGCCUUCUUUUACAGUUGGUUUAGAAAAGCUUUCAAAAUGAUAAUUUGUGGUGAAAUAUUUCACAACAAUUCUUCCAAGUGA